UGUGACGUAUAAUCUAGUGGACGGAACGCUUCUUUCAACAGCAGCAACAGUAAUUCAGCCACAUCGGUAGCUUGCUAGACAAGAUAGACGAACCAUUAAAGCUCUUUAGACGAUUUAGUGUAUAUUAGCCACUGUAUUUUAAACCCUCGUCUGUCGUCUAGUUAGUUAGUUAUCCUAUUUAAUUUCAUAUUUACGGUGUUGUUGUUAUUAUUCAGCUGGCGGGCUGGUUAAGUUAGCAUUAGCCUAGCUAGCUAACAUCUCCGACCAUGAGUUCACUAAAUGACUCUCUUCCUGCUGAAGAAGAGACGGUCUGCUGGACGGAGAAAGAAGCUCUCAUCAAAGAGGAGGAGGAAGAGAAGGAUGUUACAAUACAAAAACAAGUAGAGAGUGAGGCUGUUACAGUGAAAGAAGAAGAGAAAGACGUUACAGUGAAAGAAGAGGAAGACGCGUUCAGAGUGAAAGAGGAGGAGGAUGUUACAGUGAAAGAUGAGGAGGAUUCAGUUUUUGAAGUGAAAGCGGAGGAGGGGGAGAUUACGGUCUCAUCGGAAGAAGAGGAGGAGGAAACUGGAUAUCUGGGCCCGAUUUCCCAAACGCAAUUUAAGGCAUCCAGUGGUUCUAAAGAUGAACUUAGCCAUAAGAUGGUUUUGAGAAACCGGGCGGUGAUUACCACUGGAGAGAUACGGGACUAUAGUGGAUCCUCUGGGGAGCCUCAACAACCUCAUGAUGCUGACGAGGCAGAGAAGAGUCUCUCCAGAUCAGAACGCCUCAAUAAACACCUGCAGAGAUCCACAGGGAAGAGGAGUCACUGCUGCUCUGACUGUGGGAAGAGAUUCACCUCAUCAGGCAUUACAAUUCAUCAAAGGAUCCACACAGGAGAGAAAUCUUAUAGCUGUGAUCAAUGUGGGAGGAGUUUUACUACAUCUGGCUCUCUGACAGUACACCAUAGAAUACACACAGGAGAUAAACCUUAUAGCUGUGUUCAAUGUGGGAAGAGUUUUACUACAUCUAGCAAUCUGACAUUACACCAGAGAACACACACAGGAGAGAAACCCUAUAGCUGUGAUCAAUGUGGGAAGAGUUUUGUUAAAUCUGACCAGCUCACAGUACACCAGAGAAUACACACAGGAGAGAAACCCUAUAGCUGUGAUCAAUGUGGGAAGAGUUUUACUACAUCUGGCUCUCUGACUGUACACCAGAGAACACACACAGGAGAGAAAUUGUAUAGCUGUGAUCAAUGUGGGAAGAGUUUUACUAGAUCUGACCAUUUGACUUUACACCAGAGAAUACACACAGGAGAGAAAUCUUAUAGCUGUGAUCAAUGUGGGAAGAGUUUUACUAGAUCUGACCAUCUGACUUUACACCAGAGAAUACACACAGGAGAGAUAUUUUAUAGCUGUGAUCAAUGUGGGAAGAGUUUCACUAGAUCUGACCAUCUGACUAUACACCAGCGGAUACACACAGGAGAGAAACCUUAUAGCUGUGAUCAAUGUGGGAAGAGUUAUACUAUAUCUAGCUCUCUGACUAUACACCAGAGAACACACACAGGAGAGAAAUCUCAUAGCUGUGAUCAAUGUGAUAAGAGAUACUCUGAUAAAAGAUCUCUGAUCAAACAUCAGAAAAUACAUACAUGAAGGAGUUGUUUCAUGAUAUCAAUGAAAUAAUGUCACAAUGUAGAAUGUUUUAACAUUGUAGUAGGAGUAUUUUAAUGUCACAAUGUAGAAUGUUUUAACAUUGUAGUAGGAAUAUUUUAAUAAUGUCACAAUGUAGAAGCCUAAACGUUUGUUCCCUGUUCUAUUGAUUUCAACAUGAUAUGGAUUUUAGCCUCAGGGGGAAAAUCCAGGCUCUGAAUUGAAAGAGUAUUAUUUAUGAGAUUUAACAAAAAGUGACAACCAAAAAAAAGAGUUGUGUUCCUAGCUGUUUACCACGUUAGUGACCCACUUGAAUUAAAAUGUAGCUAGCUGUUUUCUACAAAUUGUCCUCUAACCAGUGAUGUACACAUUAUUCCCAGAUUCCGUGUGGUUUUUGAGCUGUUAGUUUUAACAGGACGUGCAACCUCAUGUCCCUCCUCUCGGCACAAUUGAUUUCAACAUUAUAUCGAUGAGUGAUGACAAAUAAGUGUUGCGUUCCUUUGUUUAGCGACCCCUAAAUUUAAAUGCAUCACUCCAAAAUGUAGCUGACUGUCUUCUGCAGGUUGUCCUCUAACCAGUGAGCUAAAAGAUAUCUCCCAUUUCCAUGUGUUUUUUUUGUUGUGUUAGUUUCAACAGCAAGUACAUUCUGAUUUCCCCCCUAAUCGAUAUCAGUGAUUUAUUGCUACUUGUCAAAACAACAGCGUUUCUGGUGCUUGUGCAGUUUAUAAGGAGCUUGUUUUAAAAAAGACAAUUAUUGUGGCAGAUGUUUGUGUAUAUACCACAUGUUAGGUUUUCAAUUGAUCCCAAACUGUUUCUGCAUAUUGGUUAUUGAUUUGGACACUUUAAAUCUGUGUUUUGACAUUGGGGCUAUCCCACCUAGCAAAAUGUAAUUGAAAAGACGUUGAAAAUAAUACUAUGCAAUCAAAUAUUUCAUAUUUACAUUUCAUGUAAGAUUUAGUAAUGAAAAUUAUUCAUGCAACCAACUGACAGUUUUUUUGGUACAAUUAUAUUGACAUUGUUGCCCUGUUUUUAGAAUAUCAGGGUUAAUUCUCAGAUGUGCCAACCCAAAUGUACUAGAGCAUGACAUUGGGGACUGGGCCCCGAUCCAACAACAUGCCUAUCUAGUGAACUCUGAAAAGAGAGAGAAGCUCCGCAGUGAGGUGGAAAGUUACUAUGGAUAUUGCAGGAGUUUCCUCUUGAAAUCAGACAUGUCCGUGGUGAGAACAACCUGGUUGCUGAUUGUUUCAAGGGUGGGCAGUCAAAAUGUUUUGCAUUUAGCCAGUGCAUUGCCAUGGAUCACAGUUUAUUUUUACUGCACGUUUUUCCGUAUUAGAGAUGAGUUUUGUUUGGGCUCGUUCCAAGGGGACGAGAGUUCUAGAAGCUAGUGAGUUUUAGGAAGACGAGAGUUCUAGAAGCAGGUGAGUUUCAGGAAGAGGAGAGUUCUAGAAGCUAGUGAGUUUUAGGAAGAGGAGAGUUCUAGAAGAUAGUGGGUUUUAGGAAGACGAGAGUUCUAGAAGCUAUAGAAAGAAAAAUCUUUGUGGGAAUAAUAAAAAAUAAAUAUUGUUUUUAAUUGUUGUUUGCCAGUAGACAGACACCAUGUUUAUAUUGGUGACGGUGAAGCAUUGUAGUUGAUUAUAAUGUGAAAUGGAAGUUGUUUUCUGUUGGUGGUAAGCAUUCUCUUAAGGUGUUAGUUAGUCUUUGGUUUUUCCAUUUAUGUUUUGAGGAUGGACUUUAGAACGUAUAGCUCAUUAGCACGUAGGACACACUGAUUGGUGUCACCUCGUUAGUCAGUAUACUAGAGCAUGACAUUGGCGACUGGUUCUUCCUGUCUUUAAGUUUGUUGUGGGUUUUUCUUUUGUUUCCCUCUUCUUGGGCAGAUUUAGUGGGUCUCAUGGUGGGUGUCUUUUAUGUCCCAGUUGUUGUUACUAGUCAACUUUCAGUGGACACUGAGAGCAAAACUGCAACAUUAUGUUAUAAUACUUUUAUUGCAUCAAAUGGUUGUUUUAUGCAACAGAAUAGAGGGUUCUUAGAACUAUUGUGUCUGUGUGUUCUACUGAGGAUGGGCCUCUGGGAGAAAACACUGACAGGAGAUUUACAAUGUCUUUUGGGUGAUAAAACCUAAAGAGACCACAUUCCAGAGCAUGAGUUAAUGUUUCUGUUCUAUAAGGUACCAGGGAGAGAUGACCCCAGGGCCAGACCCUGGUCUCUACACAAAGAGUACUGUUUUUACAGCAGAUACUGUCUGCUGAGAAUUAUAACUAUCUCUCAUACAAAUCUUAAUUAACCUUGUGACCCGUUCUAUACAUCUAUUGUUCGUCAUGUAGGUUGAAAGGGGUGUAUCUUGGCUAUAAAAGACCUUUGUACUUUUGUCUCGCGGCUCUCAAUGAAUCAUCUGGGGGUGAUUCGUCAACCAGCCAUCAUUAUCGUAGAGCACUCAAUUGAUUCACUUUAUAUGUGUG